AUUAGUCUUGUUGGUGAAGACUGUUGACAAAAACAAACAAAUGGAUUCGCCGUCAGUGAAACGAAGCACUCGCCAAAAGAAAUUAAGUUUAAAAGCUCAGGAGUCCGAAUACUUAACAAGAUUAAGUCGUUCCGGUUAUGUAGCAAACAUAGAGAGUGAUGAAGAUCCCAAUUUCAUCUUCAGCGAUGACAACGAUGUGGAAAUGUGUGAGGUUGAAAAGCCGAAGCUCCUUCACGACGAUGAACAUGUACACGGUGAGGACAUCUUUAAAUUUCAAACGAGAAAACAGAGGUUCAGCCUGGCAAAUAAAGUGGCAGAGGCGAAGACUCCUCAAGUUGAUAGGAUGAAAAUGAGGAAGCUUAUGGCUGAGAAAAUACGGGAGGAAGAGUCCGGGAGUGAAUAUGAGUGCUCAUCUAGUGAUGAUUCUGAAUCAGAAGGAGAAGACAGUUCAAAUUCUGGCAGUGAAUCAGAGGAGGACGAGGAAGAGACUGUUAAACCAAGGGCCAAGAUACAAGUUACCAAUAUUAAGCCAGAAGUCCACACUAGGAAAGGCAAAGCAACGACCAAUAACUACACCAUCCAAACUGAUGAUUACUUUGCAAACACUGGCAAAAGUAAAACAUCCAACAACACACUAGACAAAUUAGAGACUCCAAGACUUCCUCAAUAUGAGCUGCAAAAAAUCCUUGCCAAUAUGAAAUUAUCAAAAGACCAUCAAAAGGCUAUUAAUAAUUUAACAACCAAAAAUAAUUCCCAGUUUGAAAAAUGGUUAUAUAUACUUAAUGAAAACUACAGUAUUUUAUUAUUUGGGUUAGGGUCAAAAAUUAAUAUUUUAAAAACAUUCCACUCAAAGUACCUGAAAGAUUUGCCUGUAAUUGUUGUAAAUGGAUUUUUUCCUACAUUGUCAAUAAAAAAUGUGCUAGAUGCAAUAAUUGAUGACAUGUUAGAAUUAAAGGAAAAUCCAGGAAAUGUGUAUGAAGCCUGUGAUCUGAUAAAAGAAGAGUUUGAAAAAAUGCCAGAAACUCAUUUGUACAUAAUAGUUCACAACAUUGAAGGUGAUAUGAUUUGCAAUGGCAAAUCACAAAAUGUUUUAGCACGAUUAGCGGCAGUCCGCAACAUUCACCUGAUAGCUUCAAUAGAUCAUAUUAAUGCACCUUUAAUUUGGGACCACUCAAAACUCAGUAAAUUUAACUACAUCUGGUGGGAUGUUACAUCAUUUUUACCUUACUUGGAGGAGACUUCAUUUGAAAGAUCAAUGAUGGUCCAAAAGACUGGCUCUUUGGCUCUGUCAUCAUUGAGGAAUGUGUUCAUGUCUCUCACAACAAAUUCAAAGAGUAUAUACUUAAUAAUAGCCAAACAUCAACUCGCCAACGUCAAAAACCAGAUGUAUCAAGGAAUUGCUUUCAAAGAUUUGUACAUGUCUUGCAGGGAAUCAUUUAUUGUAAGUUCAGAUCUGGCUUUAAGAGCUCAACUUACUGAAUUCGUCGAUCACAAAAUGGUAAAAUUAAAACGCUCUUAUGAUGGUUCUGAAUAUUUAAUGGUUCCACUAGCUAAUGCUUUAUUACAGAAGUUUGUAGAUGAACAGCAAUAAAUUUAAUAAAAUAUUGUAUUUAUGUAAA